AUGGCCACCAAACGCCCUGAUUUCACAUGGGAAAACGGAUACCAAGCGCCCUAUGCAGUUCCCGAAGACGACGACGCGAACUCGUAUAUCCCGGCUCCUUCGGUCGAGCUAGUCACGUCGCCGGCACAUAACCACCUCGGAGUCAACGUCAUUCGGAGUUGGCCAACGCUGUACGAUGGGACAAACAACCCGCACGGGACGCCCGCGUGGCGGCGGCCGAAGUCUCAUGUUGAUGUGCUGAUUGUGGGAGCCGGCCCCAGCGGACUCGGCCUCGCAGUUAGCCUAUUGCGACAAGGACUUAACUACCACAAAGCAGACGCUCCCCUAGCCGCAGGCUGCGCCGACGGUGUUCAGCCCCGGUUCCUCGAGACAGUAGCAAAAUGGGGUCUAGCCGCCGAGAUCCAAGAGGAAGGCCCCUUGAUUGAGCGCACGGCCAUCUACAAGGACGGCGAGAAACUGCUGUUCAACCGGUCGCACCAGUCUGAUUCUCGGUAUCGAGGCUUGCAUGUCAUCACCCAGGGCCAGAUUGAGCGCGUCUAUCUGCGUGAUCUGCUUCGACACCAGACUAUCGUCGAGCGGAGCUGUUCUCUGGCUGGGUUUGAUGUAAGUAAUGACCAGACGGGCGAACACCCCGUUCGUGCGACAGUUCACAACCAUCGGACGGGCGAGGAGGAGGUCAUCCAGGCCAAGUUCCUUGUCGGGUCCGAUGGGGCCUCAAGCGGUGUACGGAAGAGUCUCAGGAUCCCGUUUGAUGGCAGAGCUCUGACCCAUACUUUUCUGUUGCUCAGGCUGUACACUCAGCUGGAUGUGUCGCAUACCGGCCCGAUCAGCGCUUCAAGACAGGCCAAAGACCCGAACUUUGCCGAGUCAGGAGGGAAGGUCGAGGUCCACUCCAUCACGCCCGAGGAGGUCCUCGAGCAGGCCAAUAAGAUAUUCGCUCCAUACACGCUGAAAUUUGCCGCGCCGCUGAGCUGGUUUGCAAUCUGGAGGAUCUCGGAACGAGUGGCUCGUACCUACUCGUCGCCCGACAUGAGGGUGCAUUUGGCCGGAGACGCAGCCCAUGUUCACAGCGUACUGGGCGCUUUCGGGCUAAAUGCCUCCAUCCUAGACGCUUGCAACCUCGCCUGGAAGCUCGGCCUCGCGGCCAAGGGGCUAGCCAAAACCGAGACGCUUCUUUCCACCUACACGCGCGAGCGGCGGAAGCAUGCCACUAGAAUCAUCCGCGUCUCGGGCGAGUACCUUCGCUUCAUCUCCGGCUCCUCGCUCUCCGUACCCGACCUGGACAACCCCGAAUCUCUGAACGGCACCAACAGCAGCAAAGGCACCAACGGCACCACCACCACAACAACAACAACAACAAACGGACAUCCAGCUACCAAUGGCACGGAUCUCGACUUCAUCGGCCGCUUCUUCAAGACGAACGGGCAAUUCCUUCAUGGAGUGGACUGCCCCUACGACGAAUCCGCCGUCGCCUUGUCUCCCGCCCUACCAUCCACCAGCCGUUCGCCACCGAUCCAAGUGCGGAGCGGUGUGCGCGCGCCAAACCCAAGGGUGUGUCUCUCGAAGGACCGGACGGGAUAUCUAUACGAUGUUUUGUCUGGGGCCGGGCGGUUCCACCUCGUCCUCUUUGCGUCAUCUCUGGAAAGCGCCAAGGUACGGCGCCAGCUGGCCAAGUUCGUGGAUGGUCUCUCGGACUCCAGGAACGGUUUCUACCAUCGGCUUGGCGGGGAAGCUCUGCUGCAAAUCGUCCUCGUCAUUAAGAAGCUGCCGUUUGAGUUUGAUGAGUUUGCUGCUACUGAGACUGGCCGCGACCUUAUUGCACCUUUGCUAGAGUUCAAGUCGACCGUGGUGGUUUUUGACGACCGCGCCCCGGAUGAGGACGCCCAUACCACGUGGGGGGUAAACCACCGCACGGGAGCGUUCGCUGUCAUCCGACCUGACUUGUGGGUUGGCACAUCGUGUUAUCUGAAGGAGACAGACAAACUUGCGGGGCACUUUCAAGGGUUUUUGCAUGGAUGA